GCGCCAGUUGCCGCGGGAUCCUGCCUCCUGGCUUCCCGCGUAACGCGAGUUCCUGGGCGCUCUCGCGAGAGGGCUGUGGGCCCCGCCGGUGGGGGCUACCUAGUACUGUUGUAAUGGCGCCGUCAGUUACCGGAGCUGCCUUUAAACUUUUUAGAUGCAAAAUCCACCAGUAUCCAAGUGGUUGUUAAAGAGGGAGGCCUCAAGUUGAUUCAGAUCCAAGACAAUGGCACUGGGAUUAGGAAAGAAGAUCUGGAUAUUGUGUGUGAGAGAUUCACUACAAGUAAACUGCAGUCCUUUGAGGAUUUAGCUAGUAUUUCUACCUAUGGCUUUCGAGGUGAGGUAAGCUGAAGAUUAAAGAAAUGUGUAGAAUAUCCUCCUGUGAUGACAUUUCUGCCAUUGGUCAACAUAUGUUUCUCAACAGAGGCUUUGGCUAGCAUCAGCCAUGUGGCGCAUGUUACUAUUACAACCAAAACAGCUGAGGCAAAAUGUGCAUACAGAGCAACUUAUUCGGAUGGAAAGCUGAAAGCUCCUCCUAAACCGUGUGCAGGCAAUCAGGGGACCCAGAUCACGGUGGAGGACCUUUUUUACAACAUAUCCACGAGGAGGAAAGCUUUAAAAAAUCCAAGUGAAGAGUAUGGGAAAAUUUUGGAAGUUGUUGGCAGGUAUUCAAUACACAAUUCAGGCAUUAGUUUCUCAGUUAAAAAACAAGGCGAGACCGUAGCCGAUGUUAGGACACUGCCCAAUGCCACAACGGUGGACAAUAUUCGCUCCAUCUUUGGAAAUGCUGUCAGCCGAGAACUGAUAGAAGUUGGGUGUGAGGAUAAAACCCUAGCCUUCAAAAUGAAUGGCUACAUAUCCAAUGCAAAUUACUCAGUGAAGAAGUGCAUCUUCUUACUCUUCAUCAACCAUCGUCUGGUAGAGUCAACUUCCUUAAGAAAAGCCAUUGAAACAGUAUAUGCAGCAUAUUUGCCCAAGAACACACACCCUUUCCUGUACCUCAGUUUAGAGAUCAGCCCCCAGAACGUGGACGUCAAUGUACAUCCCACGAAGCACGAAGUUCACUUCCUGCACGAGGACAGCAUCCUGGAGCGGGUGCAGCAGCACAUCGAGAGCAAGCUCUUGGGCUCCAACUCCUCCAGGAUGUACUUCACCCAGACUUUACUACCAGGUCUUGCUGGCCCCUCUGGAGAGGUGGUUAAAUCCACAACGGGUGCGACCCCCUCAUCUACUGGAAGUGGCGACAAGGUCUAUGCCCACCAGAUGGUCCGCACAGAUUCACGAGAACAGAAGCUCGAUGCCUUUCUGCAGCCCAUGAGCAAGGCUCUGUCCAGUCAGCUGCAGGCUGUUGUCCCAGAAGACAGGACCGAUGUUUCCAGUGGCAGGACUGGGCAGCAAGAUGAGGAAAUGUUUGAACUCCCAGAGCCUGAUCAAGUGGCUGCCACAAAUCAGGGCAUGGAGGAGGAGACAACAGAGGGGACUUCGGAAACAUCAGAGAAGAAAGGGCCCCCUUCCAGCCCAGGCAACCCCAGAAAGAGGCCUCGGGAAAGCUCUGAUGUAGAAAUGGUGGAAGAUGAUUCCCGAAAGGACAUGACAGCAGCAUGUACCCCUCGACGGAGGAUCAUCAACCUCACCAGUGUUCUGAGCCUCCAGGAAGAAAUUAACGAGCGGGGACAUGAGACACUCCGAGAGAUGCUGCAUAACCACUCCUUUGUGGGCUGCGUGAAUCCUCAGUGGGCCCUGGCUCAGCAUCAGACGAAGUUAUACCUUCUCAACACCACCAAAUUGAGUGAAGAACUGUUCUAUCAGAUACUCAUUUAUGAUUUUGCCAAUUUUGGUGUUCUGAGGCUCUCGGAGCCUGCACCGCUGUUUGAGCUGGCCAUGCUCGCCCUGGACAGUCCCGAGAGCGGCUGGACGGAGGAGGAUGGUCCCAAAGAAGGACUUGCUGAGUACAUUGUUGAGUUUCUGAAGAAGAAGGCUGAGAUGCUCGCAGAUUAUUUCUCUCUGGAAAUUGAUGAGGAAGGGAACCUGAUUGGAUUACCCCUGCUGAUUGACAACUAUGUGCCCCCUUUAGAGGGUCUGCCUAUCUUCAUUCUUCGACUAGCCACGGAGGUGAACUGGGAUGAAGAGAAGGAAUGUUUUGAAAGCCUCAGUAAAGAAUGUGCUAUGUUUUACUCCAUUCGGAAGCAGUAUAUAUCUGAGGAGUCGACCCUCUCGGGCCAGCAGAGUGAAGUAUGCGGCUCCUCUGCAAACCCCUGGAAGUGGACUGUGGAACACAUUGUCUAUAAAGCCUUCCGCUCACACCUUCUGCCUCCCAAACAUUUCACAGAAGAUGGAAAUAUCCUACAGCUUGCUAACCUGCCCGAUCUGUACAAAGUCUUCGAGAGGUGUUAAACACAGUCACUUGUGGACUCUGGGAUAUGCAGUUCCUGCACUGUGUCCUGACAAGGAUAGGUCUUACGGUUGAAAACUCCCGUUUGCCUUCUCACUAGAAGCACUCUUUCACAGUUGAUGGACUAAUCAGAAAUAAAUUGUCCAAGGCGUCCUGA